AACUAAUGCUUACUAAAUGUGUAUACAGUACAUGAGUACAAUUUGAGAGUAGUUUACAAUUAUUAUUGUUUUUAUUUCGUACAGUAAUUAAUGAAUUAUAGAUUCAUAAUUAAACGACCAUUAUAUUGUUUACAAUUAGUGAGCGCAAUGAGCUGGUUCAAACAACGGGAAAACACCGACACAGAAUCGUACCAUGAUGAUAAAACGCGAUAUCUGUCGAUGUCAUUGCGUGACAAACGGAAACAAUACAAUUGUGGCCACAAUUACAGCACAUUGUCUGACAUCCAGACGUGGGGCCAAUUCGCCCGAACACGACCUCAAAGGCCAGAGUUUCGGGUAAACCACGAGUUGAACGAAAAGGUGUCGAUAUUUGUCGGCGACAUCACAGCCAUAGAAGUGGACGCCAUUGUAAAUGCUGCCGACAACGAGCUCACUGGGGGUGGAGGGGUGGACGCCGUUAUACACAACGCCGCCGGUAAACACAUGUUACGGUUGGAGUGCCGGACACUUAACAGCUGUCCCACCGGCACCAGCAAAAUCACCGGCGGCUAUAAACUGCCGGCAAAGUACAUAAUUCAUACGGUGGGACCGAAGGGUCAACAACCGGAUCAGUUACGCGACGCAUACCAGAGCGCACUGGACCUGAUGAGCGAAAGACAGCUGAAGUCCAUAGCGUUUCCCUGUAUAUCGACCGGUGUUUACGGCUAUCCCAACGAAGAGGCGGCAAACGUGGCCCUCAGGACUGUCCGCCUAUGGCUGGAGUCGAGUCCGCACUCAAUACAUAUCGAAAGAGUUGUGUUUUGUUUGUUUGGGGAAAAGGAUAGAGAGAUAUAUAACCGAUUAAUGCCCGUAUAUUUCCCGUACAAUUCAAGUGAGAAUGACCAAGCUAAAAGAGCAGUGCAUAAUAUGAGUCUUUUGUAG